GCCCAUUCCGGCUAUCUCAAACGAAGAACUUCUUGCUCUUCUUCCUCAGCCUGUUUAGGCGCAAGCAGAGAGCCGCCUCCCUCUCAUGCGAUCAAGAACAAAAACCCAAACCCUUUUAAUCCCUACUGUACUCAAGUUGAAGCGUGACAAUGCCGGAAUCAAGAGACAGAAUGUCGAGGCCCGUAGACCUCGCGUCGCUAUUUGCUCGCAGGAGAUCUGCCAGUGUUGGAGUUGCUCUCGAAGAGCAGGAAACGGGUUCAAACUUGUUCGGAUCCCCAAUCGAAAGAGUAACAAUUGCUACAACGCCAGCAACGCGUGGGCGAACAGCUUUAGGUGCGACAAGAGGUGGUGGGCUCAGAAGAGGUGGAUUUGGAACUCCAAGAAGUGUCCGCGGCCGGAUUAUGUACGGGACUCCGGCAUCGGGUAGGGAAAACUCUCAGAGUACUCGCCGAGGUUCGGCUCGUGGUAGACGCGGGAGCAGUGUUUUACCGUCGUACUACCCGAGAACCCCUCUUCGUGAUAUUACUUCGGUUGUGAGGGCAAUAGAAAGAAGAAGAGCUCGCUUGAGAGAUGUCGAAGGCCAACAAAUUGAGAAUCCUGCUACUGAGGGGCAGAGCGUUGUUGAUCCUUCUUUACCAGUGACAGGUGCUCAGCUCGAGCACGAUCUCUCUUUGACCUCUCCAAAUCCAGAUAUUGGUGUCAAACCUCGCACACCUGCUGUCGGUAAAGUGCCAAAGAUUCUGCUUGGAAUCGCUAAUGAGAAUGCCGGAGAAUCAGAGUUCGUGACACCCCAGAAGAAGCUAUUAAACUCAAUUGACAAAGUUGAGAAAGUGGUAAUGGAGGAACUGCAGAAACUGAAGAGGACACCAAGUGCUAAGAAGGCGGAGAGAGAAAAAAGAGUUCGUACUUUGAUGACUAUGCGUUGAUUCUUUUCAACUUUACAGCAAUUAGAGGAGAAACGAGUCAGCGUAAGCACCUAGAAUUGAAAGAUUGAUCAUCAUCUGAUGAUAUCAGGUACUCAUGAAGUAGAUAUAUCUCAUAUUUUUCCUACUUGGUUGGUGUAGAACCAGAUUGGUAUUUUGUUUCUUUUCACCAUCAUUCUUUGAUGGUUAUGAGUGGUUGUAACAAUUGUUUUGAGCUGAUGUAUAUAAUGGCUAUAUCUCUCAAUUUCAGCUACA